GUUCAACGGUGGAGGCCGGAGGGACGCACGCGGUUGUUUCAAUUACUUCCACACUUUUUGAAGAACACUGGCCAAGUGUCCCACCAGCGAUAGCCUCGAAGAAAAACAACAACAGGUCAAGGUGUGUGUAUGGGAAAGCACUAUUCGAAAGGCCACACCGAUACCAGCUGCUGGAUACCAGUCCAAGUGUAGCUGUGAGGAGGUGACCCAGGACGAUCCAAUUCUGUUUCCAUGUAAUUCAAACACUGGUAGCUGCAAGCAUGCCAGUGUUUCGAAUAUGGAGCAGUAAUCGUAAAACAAGGAAGACGGUUGCAUGUGAGACAGAUAUAGACAGUCUUUUGCAAAAAGCAAAGGAUAAACUUUGUGUUGUCUCAAGAUCGGCCCGCCUUGUGUUGGAGGCUUGUGGAAGCCUCAUAGAAGACAAUGAAGUGUUAGAAGAAGUGAAAUAUGAAGUUUUACUCCUGUUAACUGAUGAUGAAGAGUAUUCACCAUCCAGCAGCAAGUUACUCGUACAUGGUGGUACUGCACACCAAGAACAAUACACAUCAACUGCUAGUACCAGUACUUCUGCUCCACAGCAAGGUGAACAGGACACACCAAUUGCCACUAGUUCUGCUGCACACCAAGGAGACACACUGGCAGACAUAAGCAACAAUUCAGCUUCUUCGGUUGAAGCUCCUGCAGGUGACAGUCCAGAUGCCACACCUCAACGGCCAUCUACUUUAAUAGCAGAUCCACCUCUGCCUGAACUGUCAGGGGCGACGAAAGCGAUGCUACUAGAGCCUACCUGUUCCCGAAAAGUGUGGCUACAGCUGAUUGAAGAGACAAAAAAUUAUUAUCUAAAGUUUUAUCCCUUGAUUGAAUCAAAUCCUAUGGGGACAUACAAAGCAAUUGGAAUGAAGAUGGUGUCUGCUUAUCCAUCCAUCAAGCGUGAAGGCUUGUUUCCAUGG